UGUCAGUAUGCAGCGACGCUGUGACGUUAAUACCGACAUCGCCACCUGAAGAACGUUGCCGUAUCUUGAGACCUGAAAGAGAGUUGCGUGCUGUCUCUUUUAUCUUACCUUGAUGGAUGAUAGUUGUGUUCGCUGGAUUAUAUCGGAAUCCAUCCCAACAUCUACAAGCCGAAGACAGAGCACAUAUAUGUAAAACAGAAAGAUUAGGACGAAUUAACCCAAUUGAAGUCGUCUAUUUACUCGCCUUAGACACCAUAGGUGAUGAUCAAUUCAACGAUAUAUGUUUUAUUAGUAGAACGAAAUUGAUAACUCGAUACGUAAUUGUACCUGCUAGACGAAAUCAUUUGGCGCUUGCUGAGCAGAAAAUUGGUGGUCGUCGGAUCGGCUAUUGGUAUUUUGGUUUACUUUUUUUUAGUGCUUCCUUGCGUAUAAAGUUUAUCAAAAAAAAAUGCACGAAAAAGCCACAGAAAAAAAAACAUAAGAAAGCACAUAUAAAAAAAAGAGCAAAAAAAGCCAUCAAACGUUUUUCCCUCUCUCUAUUUCAUUGUAGUUAUUAUCUCACUCUUUCUCUUCCUGUUACUUUCAAUCAACCCGGCCUGGUUAACGACAGGCUUUCCCAAAGGGUUUCCGAGAAGGAAAUAUCGGCGUAUGAUUAUUAUACGGAUGGUGUGAGGUACACUAAAAAGAAGAAUGUGGUCCAGUUGCUGUGAGGCGUGCCGGGCCUGUCUGUACAACCGUACCUUCAAACCGAAAAUAUUUUAAACGGGCUGUCGCGGAAACACAACCCUCCUUUUUCUGUUUCUUUUUCCUUCCCAACUUCAUCUCCAGCUUCUUCUUUCUUUCAUUCCCGGGGGAAGAAGUUCCAUUGAGGAGAGAAAAGAAAAAAGAAACCCAGGACAACCAAUAUAAUAACAAUG